CGCCCUGUCCCGCCCCGCCCCCAGGCAGGGGUCGCGGUGCCACCGCGGAGGAUCGGAAUCGCGAUCGGAACCGAUAUGUGGGUCGAGACCGGUGCCGGUCCCGGCGGCAGCGCGGGGCAGUGGCGGGAUAUGUCCGCGCAGGCACUGGAGGAUCAGUACUCGCCCAGCCGCUGGUCCCCCCGCCUGGACCCGGACACCAUCAUCGAGGCGCACAUCGCCGCCGCGGCGGCAGGAACCCGACGUGCCCGGGACAGCGUUCAGACCUCACUGCACGUCCCCUACGGCGCCGGAGUGCGGGAGCAGCUGGACAUCUAUUUGCCAAACGACUCCUCUGGCACAUACCCGCUCCUGGUGUACAUCCACGGGGGAUACUGGCAGUGCCUGAGUAAAGACGAGGCCGGGUUUGCAGCCCCCCCGCUGGUGUCACGGGGUGUGGCGGUGGUGGCCGUGGGUUACAACAUUGCUCCUGCAGGCCACAUGGAUGCCAUGGUGCAGCAGGUGCGGCGCAGCCUGACCUUCCUGGCAGAGCGAUACACCAGCACCAGGGGCAUUUACCUGUGUGGGCACUCGGCAGGGGCCCACUUGGCAGCCAUGGUGUUGUCCACAGACUGGACGGAGUAUGGAAUAACACCGAACAUCAAAGGAGCUGUGCUGGUGAGUGGGGUGUAUGACCUAGAGCCCAUCCUGCACACCUACGUCAACGAUGCACUGAGCAUGACCUGGGAUGUGGCCCAGAGGAACAGCCCCAUGCUGUGCUUGGCCCCCCCAGCGCCUGCGGUCGCCACCUGCCAGGUGCUGGUGGCCGUGGCCCAGCAUGACUCCCCGGAGUUCCGCCGGCAGUCACAGGAGUACAGCCUAUGCCACUCGCUCCGCAGGCCCUGCGUGCAGCUGGCUGGUCUGUCUCCCUGCUGGACAUCGCCGGUGUGGAUCACUUUGACAUCAUCGAGAAGCUGUCAGAGGAGAGCUACAUCCUCACCCAGGUGAUUUUGAACAUGAUUUCAAGAGACUGAUGGCAAGUUCUCUCCGGGGCUGGUGUUCCUUUGCUGGGGUGUCCUGUUGCCUCUGGGGUGCUGGGGCAGCGGGCCCGUGGAGCUGGGUCUGUGUGUCCAGGUGAUGACGUCUGCUUCCCCGGUUUCCUUUAAACAGCUUAUUGCCAAUAAAAAAUAAAUGGGAAUAACGGCU